AUGAACUCUGGACGACUUGAGGCGGAAAAGCUCCAUGCCAUCCAGAAACAGAUUUCGCGGGGUCGUCUGCGCUCCCCUCCCGGAGGAAGACCCCGGCUGCGGCUGGGAUCGGCGGAACCCAAGGAACUCAAGUGGAGUAUCACCAACCACGAUCCGAGCCAGAGACUCGUGAGUCCCGGCCAACACGAAGAAUGGGAUAAUGAAGUCAGUGAGGAGGAACACCUCUCCGAUGAUGACAAUGGCGAGAAGUUUCAGUACGACGAUACGGGGAACAUUUUACCUAACUACGCUUGUCAGGACGAGAAAAUCAACCAAAUCUCGCUGAUUUUGGAAUCGCAAAACUUGAACGAUAAAGAUACAAUUAAGAAACUUGAAGAGCUUACGGCUAGUGAACGGGCAGUGGCCAAUGCCCAUCUGGUGGGCAGACAAGUUGACGACAGCAAUUUGGAGAAAUUGCGCAACGAAAAGCGAGAGUUGGUGGGUCUGGACGAAUUGAACUUUCAACUGACUGACCAAGACGCCAUUGCUCGUCGACAGAAGCUUGACAAUUAUCAAAACUACCGCAAAAAGGUUAUUCACAAGGAAAACACUCAGGCACAAUCUGGCUUGGGGCCUGCUUCCAAAGCGGACAAAGAGAAAGACGAUCAAGAUGAUUCCUCUGAUGAUGGUUUCAUGGCUCCUUACACUCUGGCAGUUGAGGAUAAGCUUGACUCUGAAUUCGCAUACAAAUUAAACGAGACUAUCCAAGAAGGCCCUAUCGAUCUGAGCAAGGCUCAUCUGCGGGUAAUUCAGACCAUUACGCGGGGUAACUUCUUCAACUUGAUCAACCCUAAACAAAAACCAAAGAUGUUCCUUGUGUGUAUGGACUUUAGUCCGGAGCUGAUUUUCGCACUCGAAUGGCUGUUAGGGACAGUACUCGUUGAUGGUCUGGUAUUAUUCAUUGUGUGUGUGAUUGAGGAAACUGACACCAAUCACAACGCCAAAGGUAAUGGUCCGGCUGAAAAUCAAAGGGAGCAAUACCGGCUUAACAUGCUCAAUAAGGCGAAGCAACAAGUGUUGAAUUUAUUGAAGCUCACCAAGUUACAGAUCCACAUUGUUAUUGAAAUUAUCCACCAUCCCAUCCCCCGCCACUUGAUCUUGGAAAUCAUUGACAAUUUGCAACCCACACUCGUGGUGGUAGGUUCAAAGGGGCAAUCGGCCAUCAAAGGGGUAUUGUUGGGUUCAUUAUCAAACUACCUUGUUACUAAGCUGAGCGUGCCAGUGAUGGUUGUAAGAGAAAAGCUCAAAAAGAUUAACCGGUUUAAACUGGGCUCGCACAUGUUCAGCAAUAACAUCAAGAGUUUGACUUUGUCGGAAGCAAGAAUUGAUUAA